GCGCUGGCGUGGCGGCAGCGCCGCUGCAGGACGCAGGGAAGCCAACAGGCGAGUGGCGAAGGUGGCGGCAGCGGCGGCGGGGGCAGUCACCGGCGAGGGCGACGGCUCCGAGGCCGAGUGGCGGUCCGGCAGAGUCCUCCGUGUCUUCAUCCGCAUGAGCCCCUUGUGAUCAGUCUUUGAGCCUUUCCUACACUGAAGAUGGUGAAGCUAGAUAUUCAUACUCUGGCUCAUCACCUCAAGCAGGAACGCUUAUAUGUAAACUCUGAGAAACAGCUCAUUCAGAGGCUCAAUGCAGAUGUACUUAAGACAGCUGAAAAGCUGUAUCGUACAGCAUGGAUUGCGAAGCAACAGAGAAUCAAUUUGGAUCGGCUUAUCAUAACCAGUGCUGAAGCUUCCCCUGCUGAAUGUUGCCAACAUGCCAAAAUUUUGGAAGAUACACAAUUUGUUGAUGGGUAUAAGCAAUUGGGAUUUCAGGAGACUGCUUAUGGAGAAUUCUUGAGUCGAUUGAGGGAAAAUCCUCGUCUUAUUGCCUCCUCUUUGGUUGCUGGAGAGAAACUUAAUCAGGAGAACACACAAAGUGUUAUUUACACAGUUUUUACGUCCCUGUAUGGCAAUUGCAUCAUGCAAGAAGAUGAAAGCUACCUCCUUCAGGUUUUGCGAUACUUGAUUGAAUUUGAACUUAAAGAAAGUGACAACCCUAGGCGACUUUUGAGGAGAGGAACUUGUGCCUUCAGCAUCUUAUUUAAACUUUUUUCUGAAGGACUGUUUUCUGCCAAACUUUUCCUCACAGCCACUUUACAUGAGCCAAUUAUGCAACUCCUUGUUGAAGAUGAAGAUCACCUGGAAACAGAUCCAAACAAGCUAAUUGAGAGGUUCUCCCCAUCUCAGCAGGAAAAACUCUUUGGAGAGAAGGGCUCAGACAGAUUCAGGCAAAAAGUUCAAGAAAUGGUGGAGUCCAAUGAAGCCAAACUAGUGGCUUUGGUGAACAAAUUUAUUGGUUAUCUCAAACAGAACACAUAUUGUUUUCCACAUAGUUUAAGGUGGAUCGUGUCUCAGAUGUACAAAACCCUCUCCUGUGUAGAUAGGCUGGAAGUGGGGGAGGUCAGGGCAAUGUGUACUGAUCUCCUGUUGGCCUGCUUCAUUUGUCCUGCAGUUGUCAAUCCAGAACAGUAUGGAAUAAUUUCUGAUGCUCCUAUUAAUGAGGUAGCACGAUUUAAUCUGAUGCAGGUAGGCCGCCUUUUGCAGCAGUUAGCAAUGACUGGCUCUGAAGAAGGAGAUCCCCGAACAAAGAGCAGCCUUGGAAAAUUUGACAAAAGCUGUGUUGCCGCGUUCCUUGAUGUUGUGAUUGGGGGCCGUGCAGUGGAGACCCCUCCAUUGUCUUCCGUUAAUCUUCUGGAAGGAUUGAGCAGAACUGUGGUUUAUAUAACCUAUAGUCAGCUUAUUACUCUGGUGAAUUUUAUGAAGAGUGUGAUGUCUGGAGAUCAACUGAGAGAAGAUAGAAUGGCUCUUGACAAUUUAUUGGCAAACCUACCCCCAGCCAAGCCAGGAAAAAGCAGCAGUUUAGAAAUGACUCCCUACAAUACGCCUCAGCUGUCUCCGGCAACCACUCCAGCAAAUAAAAAGAAUCGAUUACCUAUAGCAACUCGGAGCAGAAGCCGCACCAAUAUGCUAAUGGACCUACAUAUGGACCAUGAAGGAUCAUCUCAAGAAACCAUCCAGGAGGUGCAACCAGAAGAGGUGUUGGUCAUUUCCUUAGGGACAGGUCCCCAGCUUACUCCAGGGAUGAUGUCAGAAAAUGAGGUUCUAAACAUGCAUCUUUCGGAUGGAGGACAAGGCGAUGUCCCUGUUGAUGAAAACAAACUCCAUGGUAAACCUGAUAAAACCUUGCGCUUUUCCCUCUGCAGUGAUAAUCUGGAAGGAAUAUCUGAAGGUCCUUCAAAUCGCUCCAAUUCAGUGUCCUCCCUAGACCUGGAAGGAGAGUCUGUGUCAGAACUUGGAGCAGGACCUUCUGGCAGUAAUGGAGUUGAAGCUCUACAGCUGUUAGAACAUGAGCAAGCUACAACACAGGAUAACCUUGAUGAUAAGCUAAGGAAGUUUGAAAUUCGUGACAUGAUGGGAUUAACAGAUGAUAGGGACAUAUCAGAAACAGUGAGUGAGACCUGGAGUACAGACGUCUUGGGGAGUGACUUUGACCCUAAUAUUGAUGAAGAUCGCUUGCAAGAAAUUGCAGGUGCUGCAGCAGAGAACAUGUUAGGCAGUUUGCUGUGCCUCCCAGGUUCAGGGUCAGUGCUUCUUGACCCUUGCACUGGUUCUACCAUAUCAGAGACAACAAGUGAAGCUUGGAGUGUAGAGGUAUUGCCAAGUGACUCAGAGGCCCCAGACCUAAAGCAGGAGGAGCGUCUACAAGAACUGGAGAGCUGUUCUGGACUGGGUAGCACAUCUGAUGAUACGGAUGUCAGGGAGGUCAGUUCCCGCCCCAGCACACCAGGCCUCAGUGUUGUGUCCGGCAUAAGUGCAACCUCUGAGGAUAUUCCCAAUAAGAUUGAAGACUUGAGAUCUGAGUGCAGCUCUGAUUUUGGGGGUAAAGAUUCUGUCACUAGUCCAGACAUGGAUGAAAUAACUCAUGGUGCCCACCAGCUGACCUCUCCUCCUUCUCAGUCAGAGUCUCUGCUGGCCAUGUUUGAUCCACUGUCUUCACAUGAAGGGGCUUCUGCUGUGGUAAGGCCAAAGGUUCACUAUGCUAGGCCAUCGCAUCCACCACCAGAUCCCCCAAUCCUGGAAGGAGCUGUGGGAGGAAAUGAGGCCAGGUUGCCAAACUUUGGUUCCCAUGUGUUAACUCCAGCUGAAUUGGAGGCAUUCAAGCAAAGGCAUUCUUACCCUGAGAGACUAGUUCGAAGCAGGAGCUCUGAUAUAGUAUCUUCUGUGCGGAGACCCAUGAGUGACCCCAGCUGGAACCGGCGUCCAGGAAAUGAAGAGCGAGAACUCCCUCCAGCUGCAGUCAUUGGUGCUACUUCUUUGGUGGCUGCACCUCAUUCAUCAUCUUCAUCCCCGAGUAAGGACUCCUCAAGAGGAGAGACUGAAGAACGCAAAGAUAGCGAUGAUGAGAAAUCAGACAGAAACAGACCUUGGUGGAGAAAACGUUUUGUUUCAGCCAUGCCUAAAGAUGAUCCCAGCCCUAGACUCAGUGCACAAGCUCAGGUCGCUGAGGAUAUUCUGGACAAAUACAGGAAUGCCAUUAAACGGACCAGCCCCAGUGAUGGAGCAAUGGCAAACUAUGAAAGUACAGAGGUUUUGGGUGAUGGUGAAAGUGCACAUGAUUCUCCCCGUGACGAGGCACUGCAGAACAUCUCAGCUGAUGAUCUCCCAGACUCUGCGAGCCAAGCAGCCCACCCGCAAGAUUCAGCUUUCUCUUACAGAGAUGCGAAAAAGAAACUGAGGCUUGCUCUUUGCUCUGCGGACUCUGUUGCCUUCCCAGUGCUGACCCACUCAACAAGGAAUGGUUUACCAGACCACACAGACCCAGAAGACAAUGAAAUUGUAUGCUUCUUAAAAGUUCAAAUAGCUGAAGCAAUUAAUUUACAAGAUAAGAACUUAAUGGCUCAACUUCAAGAAACAAUGCGCUGUGUGUGCCGUUUUGAUAAUAGGACUUGUAGGAAACUGCUGGCUUCUAUUGCUGAGGACUACAGAAAAAGAGCCCCAUAUAUUGCUUAUCUCACUCGUUGUCGACAAGGACUACAGACCACACAGGCUCACCUGGAAAGGCUAUUGCAAAGGGUUUUGCGAGACAAAGAAGUGGCCAAUCGAUACUUUACCACCGUCUGUGUGAGAUUACUGCUUGAGAGCAAAGAAAAGAAGAUCAGGGAAUUCAUUCAAGACUUUCAGAAACUCACCGCAGCUGAUGAUAAAACUGCUCAGGUAGAAGAUUUUCUGCAGUUUCUUUAUGGUGCAAUGGCCCAGGAUGUCAUAUGGCAAAACGCAAGUGAAGAACAGCUUCAAGAUGCACAGCUGGCCAUUGAGCGAAGCGUGAUGAACCGGAUUUUCAAGCUUGCCUUCUACCCUAAUCAGGAUGGGGACAUACUUCGCGACCAGGUUCUUCAUGAACAUAUCCAGAGAUUAUCUAAAGUAGUGACUGCAAAUCACAGAGCUCUUCAGAUACCAGAGGUUUAUCUUCGAGAAGCACCAUGGCCAUCUGCACAAUCAGAAAUCAGGACAAUAAGUGCUUAUAAAACCCCCCGGGACAAAGUGCAGUGCAUCCUGAGAAUGUGCUCUACGAUUAUGAACCUCCUGAGCCUGGCCAAUGAGGACUCUGUCCCUGGAGCGGAUGACUUUGUUCCUGUGUUGGUGUUUGUGUUGAUAAAGGCAAAUCCACCCUGUUUGCUGUCUACUGUGCAGUAUAUCAGUAGCUUUUAUGCUAGCUGUCUGUCUGGAGAGGAGUCCUAUUGGUGGAUGCAGUUCACAGCAGCAGUAGAAUUCAUUAAAACCAUCGAUGACCGAAAAUGACCAAGACCAAGGCCCACCAAGGCAGCAGACUGUUAAUCAAACAAACAGAUCUCUAAGAAGGCGCAUCAGCUGCUUUGAAGGCUGAAGAUUGUUUUUGUAUAAUAUUGUACAGCUUCAGGCAUUUUAAAGCAGAUCUUUACUAAACAGGUUAAUGAGCUAACAAGCAGGUUCUCUUUGGGCUCUUUCCUUUCUGAGUUGCAUAUUCUAUUUUCUUGUCCCCAAGUAGAGUCUAGUACUACAAAAAGGGACCACAUUUUUCAGGUAUUUCUAAAUAUUAAAAAACAGAACAAAAAUCUCUUAGAAAAUUUCUAGACCUCCAUUCUUGGAUACCCUUUCUUUCCUUUUAUUUUAAAAAAGAACAGUACCCCUCUUUUAAGAUGCUGUCUUAUAUUAAUGUGCAUCUAAUGGAAAGAAGAUACGAGUUGCACUGAGGAUUAUAAUAGUGGUACAUUAGUGGCAUUAUCUAUAAAUACACUCACCUAAAUUGAAAAGCUAAGAAGGAAAUGUAAAUAUAAUAUAUAUUUAUAUUUGAUGUAAUAUGGACAUCUGCAGAUUCUAAUAAACAAGGACUAUUGCUGAUAGUAGGCUGUGACAUAGUGUCUUGUGAAAUGGUUUCCUUGACAAGAUUUAAGCUGAGCUUAAAAGCAAAAAACAAAAAGUACACAGAAAUAUUUAUUAAAAUGUAAUACAGUUUAUUGGACUUUCUAAGUAUGGCGUUUGAUGGACAGGGCUGUCUUUAAUGAGUGUGAAAGUUACUAAGUCACUUAGACAUAUCACCGUGGAAGUUUGUGAGCCUGCAUUAGGAGAUAGACUGAUUACCAUACACAACGUAAAAAGGAACAGUGGAUAGCUCAUACUUUAUGGUGGUUCUUCUCCUCCGAAAUAAUAUACUGCAGAAAUCCCAGACAGAGCUCCUUACAAACCUUUAAUUGUAAUAUAUUUUUGAUGAUUAUUCACAUUGAAUGCACAGACCAAGAAUUCAGUGAAUGUCAUUUUUUAAAAAACUAAUUUGUAUUGUCUGCUCUGGUGAUACAAGUUUUACUAGUGAUAAACUAUUUUAACCAUACUAUUCUUACGGAAAAAAAUAAUCUAUUUUGGCAGGUUUCUGUGCCUUUAUUUCCCUCUUCUGAAAAAAAGUCUGUGUUUUCAUAGUUUGGUUUGCAUUGUAUAUCAAUAAUCAAUCAGGAAUGGUUUUUGGUGCCUGAAAAAUUGGCCAAGGAGGCACACCAAAGCUUCAAGCACAAGUCUUGUAUGUGGGCCAUCACUGUCUGGUUUCACUUUGUGUGUUUCCUAAACACAUUUAGCUGCUUUUAUAACAAACUCAGCCCCAUACUUGAGUCCCUUGUUGUUGGGAGCAUUUCCAGGUAUCUUUUAAGGAAACUGUGAUAAACAGCCUUGGGCAGAUGAAUACGGAGGCUGUCUGCUGUCCGUCUCUGAGAUCUUUGUGUCUGGGAAUGCCUAAAGAUUUUAUUUUUUUUUCUUUGUUUUUAUUUUAUUUUUCGAGACAAAGUCUCAUCCUGUCACCCAGGCUGGAGUGCAGUGGUACGAUCUUGGCCCACUGCAACCUCCACCUCCCGGUUCAAGUGGUUCCCCUGCCUCAGCCUCCCAAGUAGCUGGAACUAUAGGCGCGCGCCACCACGCCCAGCUAAUUUUUGUAUUUUUAGUAGAAACGAGGUUUCACUAUGUUGGCCAGUAUGGUCUCGAUCUCCUGACCUCAUGAUCCACCCGCCUUUGCCUCCCAAAGUGCUGGGAUUACAGGCAUGAGCCACCGCACCCAGCCAGAAACUAGAUUUUCUUUAUGUCUCCACCCCUUCUUAUUCAUUUACUUUACAAUACCAAAAUAAAUUGCAUAGGAGUGUGGGAUGUGGUUUCUGCCUUCUAGAGAGAGAUCAGAAUUAAACUAGUACUAUGAAAUGUCCUUUUGAAUGUUAGGUCAAGAAAUCCAUGUACAGAGUCGUGAGCUUCAUGGGCUGUAACUGCCAAACUUGCCCUGUGUUAGAAGUUAAAUCCCAUCGUCAAUACAUCACGAGGCCAGCUGUGUGAUCUGAGACCUAGAUGGGAGUUCAUUUACUUCAGCCUUUGAUUCAGUAAAUGUUAAGCAGAGGACUUCGAAUGGUUGAAAUUCAUUGUUACAGGAUUUUACUCAUAAACCAAUGAGAGAUUUUGUUUUCUCCACAAUGGUUGCUAAGUCUAUUCCAUGUUAACACUGUGGAAAUAAAUACGAAGAUGUGGACAUUGCAUUGGGGCUCUUUUCUGUGGAAGAGAAGGUGGUGGGAUUGGGGUGAAGGGCUACACUGAAGGCAGGAGAUAGGGCUCUGCCUUGUUGGAGCCAGGGCUGAGGUUUGGCUCCAAACCUCAGAGAUUUGGCAUCUGUGACACCUCUAAAACAGGUUCGGGUGCUCAUGACUCUGUAGCUGGUGGAGGAGCACAGCACAGCUGUUGCAGGGGCAGCUAAGGUUUCCUCUGAAUAUCCUGUCAGGAGCAAGGACUACUUUGGCAUUAACCAUCACUGGUUUGAUUUCUUGACAGGUACAUGAGAUGGGGAGUGAUUUGAUUUUUUUUUUUUUAGAAAAGAGGAAUAGUUGUUCCCCAAAUGUUUCUUCCUCCAUUGCCCUCCCGUACUUGUUUUACAUGAAAGAUUAGUGUAAAAGUGCAAAAUCAGCCCUGGAAACAUUCGGUAGCCACCGAUUACUACAUAGAAUUUACAAAGUGGAUGUUAAAAGGAGAGAGAGUUGGCUCAGUGCCCCUGAAAUCUUGUAGGAUUAACUUCUCUGAGGAAAAGAAAAACCAAGUUUGCAUUUUGUAUUAAUAUUCUGCUUUUAGAAGUAAUAGAAAUACAAGUUCAAGAUUGUCUUUACUUACAAAAUUACAGUUUAAUUUUUUUUGAGACACAAUCUUUCUCUGUCACGCAGUCAGCAGUGCAGUGGCGUGAUCUCGGCUCACUGCAACCACUGUCUCCCAGUCUCAAGUGAUUCUCAUGGCUCAGCCGCCCUGGUUGCUCAGAUUACAGGUGUGUGCCACCACACCCAGCUAAUUUUUUGUAUUUUUUUUGUAGAGACAGGGUUUUGCCACGUUGGCCAGGCUGGUCUUGAACUCCCGGCCUCAAGUGAUCCGCCUGCCUCAGCUUCCCAAAGUGCUGGGAUUACAGGUGUGAGCCACUGCGCCCAACCACAAAAUUAUAUAUAUAUAUAUUUAAACGUCAAACAUUUUGCUUGCUUGCUUCAUUUUAGGUAAAAUCUCAGCCACAGUAAUUGCUUGCUUCUGCUUUUUGUUUAUAAAAACCUGCUUAUGAAAGCCUUCUUACACAGAUAGUUACAUCGCUGUAGUAGGAGGCUCAGGUUUUCUGAGGGAUUGCAAAUAGGUGUGCUGCAUGGUUUUUCUUUUCCUAUGUCCUGGAAGCCUUUGUUGAAAGUGGGCUUUACAAAUGUGUCCCUGAGGUCCAUGAUCGAGAGAACAAUCCCAGCCCCAAUACAGGGGCUGUGUUCUUGCCAUAAGAAUCUGCAGCCGACUGGUGUGCUGAGCCCCGGCACUCUUUUUCCUGUUAUUUGCUAUGGGAAUUUCCGCUUUAGAGCAAGUAAGAUCACCUAGGUGUUUUAAAAUUGUUUUUCUCCUGUGUGAUUGGGUGUGAAGAGGGAAAGUAGGAAUACACUCAGAAUCAUUACUGGAUUGCACAGAAGUGAUAGAAGUGUAGUGGGGUUUACUUCCUCAAUGGGUGCUUCUAGAUUUUUCUCUCCUGUCUCUUCCUGCUUUGUUUCUUUAAAGAAAAAUCUGUUGUCUCUUUUUAAAUAUUUAGUGAGUUUUUUUUGUACACAAUUGCUUUAAUUUUGAGGGAAGUAAAUCCAAAAUGAUCUUGAAGCCCAAAGGAUUUUUAGUAAAUAGAUUAACAGUGAUGAGGUAUUUGCAAUACUCUAAAUGCCAAAAUGCUUUGAGAACUUUGCCAGGUUAAAAAUUACUUAAUAUAUUUUAGAAUGUAAGUUAGAAAGUAGUAGGACAAGGAAUAGCUUUAUUACUCUUGAGAACACUUGGAGAAAUGAAAAUAGAGUUUGCUUCCGUGUUAAGUUGUGGUUGAGCUAUGGAGUGACCCUGGAGCUGCCGCAUUCCACAGGCCUGAGCUCAUCAAGGGUUCAAUUCAAGAGAGAGGACGUCUCCACUUGGAUAAUGGCAGACAGUGUGGGUAGGGGCCAUGCACCAGGGGAAUUAUCUCUGUCAAAUUAAUACUCUCCUGUCUACUGGAUUCUUCUUGUGCUUCACCUGGAUUAAAAAGCUGUACUGCCUCUUUUGAAACUGAUGAAGCCUUUCUGUAAGUCUCAAUUAAUGAGCUUGCACAAUCUUGUAUAUGUACAGGAAACCCAUCCUGUCUCCUAAUGUGAUUAGUACUGUAAAAUAUUCUAUAAAACUGAUUAAAAAGGGAGAGCAGUUUGAUU